AUGGCAAUGGCUGCUAUUGCUUCCAUUACUUCAAUCAACACUACUUACAAUCACCACACUUGUUUAACCUUUCAACCAAAACAACACCACCAACAAAACAACAUCAGAAUCCAUAGAUUUCGAUGCAAUGGAACAAACCAAAAUCAAGAGUCUCAACCACAGAACAAUGCUUUUCUUAAGGUAGCAUGGUAUAGUUCUGAGCUUCUAGGCAUUGCUGCUUCUGUUUUCCGUUCUUCACCUGAUGAAGAAGAAGCUUCUACUCAGAGACUUCUUGAAACCGUUGAUCGUGUCUCUGUUGUGGACACAAUCAAACAAGACUUCCAAAGAUCUUAUUUUGUCACAGGAGAUCUCACAUUGAAUGCAUAUGAAGAGGACUGUGAAUUCGCGGAUCCGGCCGGAUCUUUCAAAGGACUUCAGCGUUUCAAAAGAAACUGCACUAACUUUGGAUCCCUUUUGGAGAAAUCAAAUAUGAAUCUUAUGAAAUGGGAAGAUUUUGAGGAUAAAGGAAUCGGUCACUGGCGAUUCAGCUGUGUCUUGUCCUUUCCUUGGAGGCCUAUUCUUUCUGCAACUGGAUACACAGAAUAUUAUUUUGAUGCAGAAUCAGGAAAAGUAUGCAGGCAUGUGGAGCAUUGGAAUGUUCCGAAAAUGGCUUUGUUUAAGCAAAUUUUGAGGCCAAGUAAGGGAUUUGGCUUAAAAGAUUAUGUGACUAAGUGGUUGAAAAUUGUUCAGGUGGAUCGGUAA